AUGAGGUGCCAGGUCAGGCCUCAUGGCUGCCGGGACAGAAGCCAUCUGCUGAAGCGGGACGACUUUGCUGGCAGGCCGCUGCAUAACAUGGCUGUCCGCGCCUGCCACGGUAAGGACAGGUCUGUCAGCGCAAUGUGGGUGGGUGAGUAUGGAGAGAGGACCCUAAAUGGUUUGCAUAGCUGCAGUAUUGGUGCAAGAUUUUGGUCUGACGCGGAGCGCACGCAGCUCCCACUUCCCUGCGGUUCUCAGAAGGUGCUGCGGGCUGGUCACGGGUCCUGGGUGCACAAUUUUUUUUCUCUAUUUUGUAUUAUAGGAUCGGGAUAUUCACCCCUUGAAGAUGACGAAGAUGUGUAUGCACGCAAUAGAUAUAAAGAAACACCGUGGUGCUCCCCCAUUAAGGUGAAACAUGGUUAUGCAAACUGCAGGACACCUCAAGGGGAAUAUUACAAGAAUGUAUUGGGAACAAGAUGUGAUAUCCGCUGUCAAAAAGGCUACGAACUGCAUGGCCCUCAGCAGCUAAUUUGUCAGUCAAGCAAACGCUGGUCUGGGAAAGUGCUGUGCAAACAAAAGCGCUGCCCCACCCUGUCCAUGCCGACCAACGGGGGCUUCAAGUGUUUAGAUGGUGCCUACUUUGGCUCGAGGUGUGAGUACUACUGUUCACCGGGAUACCAGCUGAAAGGUGACCGUAUAGUAACGUGCAUGGACAACAAAGUUUGGAGUGGCCGGCCAGCAUCCUGCGUUGAUACUGAGCCUCCAAGGAUCCAGUGCCCAAGCGUGAAGGAGAAAACCGCGGAGCCCAACAAGUUGACGGCCAGAGUGUUCUGGGACACCCCAGAGGGACGGGACACUGCUGACGGGAUUCUGACAGAUGUUAUUUUGAAAGGCCUGCCACCAGGGUCACAUUUUCCGGAAGGCGACCACAAAAUCCAAUAUACUGUGUAUGACAGAGCUGAAAACAAAGGCACUUGCAAAUUUCUUGUUAAAGUCAGAGUCAGGCGCUGUGUGAAAUUAAAUGCCCCAGAUAAUGGCUACAUCAAGUGUUCAGGUGAUGGAAAUAACUAUGGUGCUACAUGCGAGUUCUCCUGCAUUGGAGGCUACGAGCUGCAAGGAAGCCCAGCUAGAGUAUGCCAGUACAAUUUGGGGUGGUCAGGAGUGGAGCCAACCUGUGCACCCAUGAAUAUUAAUGUGAAUGUGAGGACUGCAGCUGCACUUCUGGAUCAAUUUUAUGAGAAGCGGAGACUGCUAAUUAUUUCAACUCCUACUGCAGCCAACUUCUUCUACAGGAUGCAGUUGGGAAUGCUGCAGCCGGCACAGUGUGGUUUAGACCUCCGACACGUUACCGUAGUUGAAUUGGUUGGUGUCUUCCCAGCACAGAUAGGAAGAAUAGGUGUAAAGCUGCUGGCCCCAUCACUUGCCCUGCAACUCAGGCUGCUGCUGAGGAUCCCCCAUUACAAUUUCAACAUCGUGGUGAUGGACAAGCACGGAAUGGACAAGGAACGCUAUCCUUUCCCAGCAACGCCAGCCGAGCUCUUUGCACUUAUUGACAAUUUUCCCUUGAGAAAAGAAGAGAUGAAACUGCAAGCAGAAAUUGGUCAGUCAUGUCCCUAA